AUGGUUGGAGAAUCUGGAACUCCUUUAGCUACCAAAGUCACUGAAAGUGAAAUAGCCAUGACCUCAAAUCACCCAUAUCACCUUCAUCCUUCAGAUUCACCCAGGAUGAACCUUAUCAAUGUUGUGUUUGAUGGAAAGGGUUUCCCAAGGUGGAGAAGGUCAGUCCUAAUAGCUCUUUCUGCAAAGAAAAAGUUAGGGUUUAUUAAUGGAACAUUUAAAGAACCAGAUGUGGAAUUACGUGAGUACCUAGAGUGGUAUUGUUGCAAGAAUAUGGUCACUGCUUGGUUACUCAAUUCCUUGUCAAAAGAUAUCAAGGAUAGUGUCAUUUAUUCAAGAACAACCAAAGAACUUUGGGAUAGUUUGGAGAGUAGAUUUGGUAAAUCCAAUGGAGCAAAAUUAUUUCAUCUAGAGAAAGAACUGAAUGUCUUGGUACAAGGAAAUUCAGACAUUUUAGGAAAGGCAAAAAUAACUAAAUCUAUGAUGGAUCAAAGGUUGAUUAAAUUUUUGAUGGGUUUAAAUGAUGUGUAUAGUCAUGCUAGGGCUAACAUUUUGAUGAUAAACCCUCUACCCAACAUGGACUAUGCUUAUUCUCUGUUGUUAAGAGAUGAGAGCCAGAGGGAUAUUUUUGCAAAUGCUAAUAUGUUCUCAGAUUCAUCAUCUUUUAUGAGGGUUACAACUAAAAGGAAUAAGUUUAAUCCAAAUGUAAGUUGUACUUAUUGCUAUAAGGUGGGACACACUAUGGAUGACUACCAUAGGAUACAUGGUUACCCAGAUGACUUUAAGUUCAACAAAGGGAAAAAUUAUCAAAAGCAUAUUAAAGGAAAUGCUGCAGUUGCUUGUGAAAAAAUGCAGGAAUACAGUGAUAUGCAGCCAACACAGGAAAACAACAACACUUUUCAACAUUUUACUAAGUAA